CAGACCCUUAAUUUCACUGCAAUCUCAUUUGCACCGAUAGGAGUGGAAAUGAGUUGAGAGCAUAAGCGAAACCGUCGUUCGCCAGUGGGCAUAUCCCCAUUCCCCAAGCUCCUGUUCGUUUGCUUCCACUAAAGUUCGCAUGCUUUCCUAAUGGCGAUUUAGGGUUUCUCUUAAAGAUUUUUCAAGCAAGGAAAUAUCGCUGUGAUUGCGUAGUUUCGGUUUCAGAAGCUCUUUACUCGAUCCAACAUUAGAGUGAAAAAAUGCAGUUUAACUGGGGUUGAAGUCUCUGAGUUGUUGAUUUUGAGAAAUCCCUUCUUUUUCAAGAGGAGGAGGUUUAAGGACCACAAUUGCACAGUUCAGAUUUUCUCCAAGGAAAUAAAUCUUCGAGAAAAUGUAGAUUGAUAUGAAAUUCAAGAAUCUAGACCAAAUCAGAUGUCUGGUAUUGAUUUUGGUAUGAAUUUUCCUACCAUGGAUCUUGCCUUCACUGAACAAGGUGCAAUUUUUGAACCUUAUAAGGGAAUGGAGUUUGAUUCACAUGAGGAAGCAUAUUCUUUCUAUGAAGAAUAUGCUAAUUGUUUAGGAUUUACCACCAUGAAAAAGAAUACCAGUCGCUCAAAACGGACUGGGUUAUUCAUUGAUGCAUAUUUUGCAUGCUAUAGAUAUGGAAACAAGCAACCAAAACAUGAAGUCCUUAAACCACGCCCUUCUCAUAGGACAGAUUGCAAAGCAAGCAUGCAUGUAAAAAGAAGGCAGGAUGGAAAAUGGUUUGUACAUAAUUUUGUAAAAGAGCAUAACCAUGUGCUUUUGCCAGCUCAAGCAUAUCAUUUUCGAAGUCGGACACGCAUGGAUGCCAUUAGCAAGAAACAUUUGGAGUUUUUGCAUGCUGGCCCAGUACAAACAAAUAAGACUUCUGGUUUAAUAUCCAGUCAAUGUGGUGGAGAUCAAAGCAUUGUUUGGAUGGAGAAAUUUGUCAGAGAUCAAAUGGAUAAAAAAACAUGCUUGGCUAUAAAAUCGGAGGAUACACAAGCUCUGCUUGAUUAUUUUAUACAUAUGCAAGAAGAGAAUACUAACUUUUUUUAUGUGGUUGAUUUGAAUGAUGAGCAACGUUUGAAAAAUGUGUUCUGGGUCGAUGCCAAAGGAAGGCAUGAUUAUUUCAACUUUGGUGAUGUCAUUUCUAUUGAUACUACGUUUCUCGCAAAGGGAUAUAACUUGCCAUUUGCUCCUUUUAUUGGAGUGAACCAUCAAUGUGAUCCCAUAUUGCUAGGAUGUGCUCUACUUGCUGAUACGACUACAUCAACAUUUGUUUGGUUAAUGCGGAUGUGGCUUAGAGCAAUGGGUGGGGUGACUCCAAAAAUAAUAGUUACUGAUCGAGAUAAUGUCUUGAAUGCUGCAGUUGCAGAGGUCUUCCCAAAUGUUUGCCAUCGAUUUUGUCUAGGGAAUGUGUUAAAGGACAUAUCUGAGAAUCUUGACCAUAUAACCAAAAGAAGUGAAAAUUUCAUGGAAGAAUUUAAGAAAUGCAUUUAUAACUCGUGGACAGAGGAAGAAUUUGAAACUCAAUGGUGGAAAAUGAUUCAUGCAUUUGAACUUGUGGAGGAUGAUUGGGUGAAGUCACUGUAUGAAGAUCGUAAACACUGGGUGCCAGUUUCUAUGAAGAAUACUUCUUAUGUUGGGCUGUCUACUGCUCAACGUCUUGAGAGUAUUAACUCCUUCUUUGACAAUUAUGUGCACAAGGAAACUACAUUGAAAGAGAUACUUGUGCAAUUUAAAGUUGUACAUCUACAAGAUAGGCAUGGCGAAGAAUCUAGAGAAAAUCCUGAUACAUGGGUUCCAAUGCCCCCUUUAAAGUCUCAUUCACCUUAUGAAAAGCAGAUGUAUACAAUCUACACUUGUGAAAUAUUCAAGAAGUUCCAAGUUGAGGUUCUAGGAACAGUUGCUUGUCAUCCUAGAAAAGAAAAACAAGAUGGGUCCAAUAUAAUAUUUAGGGUUCACGACUUUGAAUCACAAGAAGAAUUCACAGUUGCAUGGGAUGAAACAAAAGCUGAGGUAUCUUGUCAAUGUUGUUUGUUUGAACAUAAAGGAUUUCUUUGUAGGCAUGCAAUGGUUGUUCUCCAAUGUUCAGCAGUGAAUGAAAUCCCAUCUAAGUAUAUACUGAAACAAUGGACAGAUGAUGCAGAAAGAAGGCACACCAUUGGACAUAGAUCUGAUGAAGUGGGAUCUAGGGCAGAACGCUGUAAUGAUUUAUGCCAUCGGGCCCUUAAAUUGGGCAUUGAGGCCUCAAUAUCUGAAGAGAGCUACAGUAUUGCAGUUCAUGCAAUACAAGAAGCUAUUGGAAAAUGUGCAAUAACGAAUAAUUCUAUAAAGUAAUUUACAAAGCCCAGCACAUCAGUAAUUCAUGGUUAUUUUGGCGGUCAAUGGACUGUGGAAAAAACAGUUUGUCUUACUAAACUAUCAUUGUCAGGUUGCAAAAGUUGCUUCAUUUUCCUGAAUGAUGAAUUAAGUUGUUAGUCAACUAUAAUAUAAUCUAUUAUAUUAUAGCUAUGUUUCCACACAUGCAGGGGCAUUGUAAUUCUUUAAUGCCUACUAGUGAUGCUUAAGUUGAUACACAGAAAAUGUGAAGGCUGUCAGGACAUGUUAUGAUAUGACCAAGAUAUAAUUACAAAGAAAUUCUGUUGUUU